AUGCGUCGCCUGUCGAUGCGGCCCCUCUCGCAGCACGGAAGCAUACGAUCGAGUGUUGGCCCGGACUCUUCGUCGGUGAACUACUCCCACGCCUCGAGCCUCUCGGUCCUCCCGCCCAUCCCUUCCACCCCACCACGCCAGCUCCCUCCAAACAAGCUGGUCAAGCGGUCCACGCCGGCCGGCCAGCCCACCCCGUCUGGCAAGCUCUCAAGGCGAGGAUCCCGCUCCCAGAUCCCAUCCCUGCGCCGACCCGCGACCAGCCACCAGAGGUCUGCCACGCUGCAGCAGGUGCAGUACCAGGGCAGCCCCCAGAUCGCCCUUUCGCCCGCGCAGCCGAAAUACUCGCUCGACCAGCAGUCACGACCGACGACGACGCAGCGGGCUCGGCCGCAAUUAGACAUACCCGAGGAGGGACUCGAGAAGAGGAGGAGUUGGAGCUCGUUUUUCCACCUGCGGGUGGUCCGGUCCAGCUCGAGGAGCAGCUCUGGGCGUGGCGGCGAGGGCAGCGAGGGCAGUUUUCCUGGCAGCCCAGGGCCCGGCCAAUUACCCACCAGGACGCUUGAUGCACGCAAGGGGAGUGCGGGAAUGCCUCGCGCUUACCUGGUCAAUGCGUCGGUGAUGUCGGGCAUUGAUUCUGAUGCCGGCUGCCCUGGCGGUGCUGCGAGCACUCGCUCGCCAUGGGUGGCUCCACCCGCAGCUCCACCCGCUACUGCAGCAGCUGCAGGCGGCCUGGAGCAGAGGCAGCAUCAAGAUGCGGAGACGACGCUGGGCGAUUGCCCAACUGCGGAACCCGACAAGGCAGAGCAGGACGCGGCUUCGAAACGGGCGCGCCGAUCGAUUUCGAUGCAUUUCAGUUCCCCGACCGCUUGGAUCUCCAGGAACGGCAGCAUACGACGCCAGAAGAGGGGCGCCGACGGCAAAAGUGGAGGCCUUCGGAACGUGUCAGCGCCUGCUGUUGGCGCCGCUUUGCCAAUUGAGGCACAGGCUGGGGUCAAGCAGGAUUUGCAACACCUGUUUGCUCCGCCCACACUUGAUAAGCGACAGGCCUCCUCGACCAUGGACGUCUCGCCCGCACACCCCCCGGCCGCCUGCCGCACCAUCAACACCUCGGUCAAUACCACGGCCACGCGCCAGCGCAACUCGUCCUCCCCCCUCCCGCCGCUCUCCCGCCUUUCUAGCUUCCACGUCGACCUCUACCGCGCCGGUUCCUCUGCCUCGUCCGCCGCUGUGCCCCGGAGGCACGACUACCAGCUACAGGCCAGCCCCUUUCCGGCCUCGACCCCCGGCGGCCCCAUUCCCUGCCACAGCCGUGAUGUGUCCAACGAGCGCGCCCCCACGCUAGCAGGUUCCGAUCUAGACAUGAGGUCCUUCGUGUCGGGAGACGACGAUGAUACCGACUUCGAGAGCGACACCAUGUACGAAUCCAUCCGCACCGGCGGCUCCGUCCGCGUGCGCAACGUCGACACGCCGCUCGAGUCAAUGUUCGACGAGUCCCCACCCAGCACCGCCGGCAACACCAAGGCCAAGCGCCUCUCGAUCCAGGAGAUGCUGGGCCGCACCUGGGAUCCAGACUCCAAAAUCAUGGAGGAGGACGAGAACGCGGCCACACCCGUCCGCCACCCAGGCGUUUCCCAACGAGCACCCGUCGACUUCCAUCCCACCAUAGUGGACGUCUCGGGCAGGCGGGAAUAUGAAUAUGAGAACUCGGCACCUCCGCUAUCCCUGGCCACUCGCGACUUCGGCCGUCUGUCUCUGGAUGAAGACGAUGACUUUGACUGGGCUCGAGAUGAUGAGAAUGCCCUCUCCAACCACCUCUCGCCACCGUCUAGCUCCAUCAACUCUGGGGGAGCCAGCCCCAGCCUGCGCCUUGCCCUGGCGAGCAUCAGCGGCAACGGCAGUCCCCGUUCGGCCACCAAUGACUCAACCAGCGAGCGCCCUCGCAGUACCGUUUUCGACUGGACGGAGCCCAUCUGCCAGGAAAGAGUCGACGUCGAUGGGCCUUCGCCAAGGCCUAAAACCGUCAAUGGCAAGCCAGAGGCAGAGGGCAGGAAUGGUCGUGUGGCCAACCGCAAGGGGCCGACCGCCACACACGUCCGCAGCCAGAGUGUUCCUACCGUCCCUGAUCCGCCCGAGACGGUGGUCAAGUCGAAUCCCGCCAAGUUCCGCACCUGGGCCUCGGGGCCCAAGAACGUGAGUGAGGACUGGGAGGAGGAUUUCGAGUUUGACGAAGAGCCUGUAGCUCUGGUGGAGGGAAACGCUGUCGGGAGCCGGUUUUCCAUGAUUGUCCCCGCCUCCAUCCAGGCAACCCAGCCGACCGUCAAGGCCCACUCUGGCCAAAUCCGCGAAUUGUCGCUGCUCGUCAAUGGCCUCAAGCGACUCUGCCGCCACGGUCGGGACCUGAAUCUUUUGAACGAGUCAGCAGAGCUGUGGCAGGAGGCCGAGGACAUCAUAAGAUUGGCGUCCCCGGACGAAGACGAGGGUACUGGCAGGGGUGAUUCGGAGUCGGUCGAUUUUGACCUGCCUGUCGUCAACGAGCGAUAUACGGACGAAGGCUUUGACGCGGCCUCGCUGAACUACUCGGAAGAGUCAUUCGAUGUUCCCGAGCCUGGUAUGUCCAGGAUGGCCGUGGUUCGAGAGCGUCAGGUUGCCCGGCGACGCUCUGUAUUCCCACCCGAGGACGACAUCUUUGGCAGCUGGCCAUCUCCUGAGGAUCACCCCAAUCCUGCCACUCCACAGACUCCGAACCGAACCCGCCAGACCGACACGCCCGACAGCGCUGUCAUCGCCUCCGUUAUUGAGGCCAUGCAACAGCAACACCAGCAGCAGCAGCGCCGCUCCUCCUCCGCUCCAGUCAAGGGAUUCCCACCCAAGACUCACUCGGACUCGAAGCUCUUCUUCGACACGAACAGCCUCCAAGAACUGGUCAAGCAGGCCAAUGUGCUAUUCCACGUCCUGUCCGACAUUGUGCGAAAAGCCGAGUUUAUAACACAAAGCCCAGCGAUCACCCCUAAGCGGGAGCGUCAUCUGAGGCGUGAUGGUAGCCCGGCCUUCACACGCGUCUUCACAGACCCGACUACGGCGCCGCCGAGUCCCCCAAAAAGGCUACUCAAAAGUAGCCAUAGCAACAGCUCCGUCAUCAGCGGGCGGCCCUCGGCCGAAUCCCGCACCUCCACGAGCGGCCUUGGCCCGAGGUUGCACAUGAUGACGGUUAGCUGA